CGAGGGCGGGCCGCGCGGGGAAGCAGCAUUGCCUUUUUCGGGCCUUUCCCGCCGCUCGGGGCGGAGGCCGCCUCCCCGCCCCGCCGCGCCCCGCCUGCAGUGUCGGGGCUCGGGCGCAGCAAUGUCGGGCGCGGAGGCGACGGGGUGGCGGGAGGAGGCGGAGGCGGUCGGGGAGGAGACGGUGCGGAUCCGGCUGGGCGAGCGGAGCUAUGCGGUGUGCAAGAGGAAGCUGGUGGAGCAGAGCGACUACUUCCGCGCGCUGUACCGCUCGGGCAUGCGGGAGGCGGCGCCGGGCCGGGCGGAGCAGCAGCUGUGCGGCGGGCUGAGCGCGCGGGGGCUGGAGCUGGUGCUGGACUUCAUCAGCACGGCCUGCCUGGCGCGGCUGGAGCAGGAGCAGGAGCGGGAAGGAGAGGGCGGCGGGGGUGAGCCCGGCCCGGUGCUGCAGGAGCUGGUGGAGGCCGCCUGCUACCUGCAGGUGACCCCCCUGCUGCGCUUGCUGCGCUCCCAGGUGCGCCUCGGCAACUGCCUGCAGCUGCACGGCUUGGCCCAGCUCUAUGGCCUGCGGGACCUGCAGGAGGCCUGCCUGGACUUCAUGGCUGCCCACUACCACCCUGUGCUGUGGCAGGCCCGCCUGGUGCUGCCACCCGCCCUGCGCCAGCAUCUGGCCCAGAGGCGUAUGCGGGGCGCCGCCACCCUGGUGGCCGUGGGCGACUUGGCGGGGCGGCCCCGGCAAGAGGAAGGGCCGGGCUCCAUGCUGCGGUACGAUGAGGUGGCUCAGCAGUGGCUGCCCCUGGCCAACAAUCUGCCUCCGGACCUGGUGAAUGUGCGCGGUUAUGGGGCGGCAACACUGGACAACUACCUGUUCAUCGUUGGGGGCUACCGUGUCACCAGCCAGGAUAUCUCGGCCGCCCACUGUUACAAUCCAUGCUUGAAUGAGUGGAGUCAGAGGGCGUCCAUGAACCAGAAGAGGUCCAAUUUUAAGCUUUUGGCUGUAAAUGGGAAGCUCUAUGCUGUUGGUGGUCAAUCCCUUUCCAAUGUGGAAUGUUACAACCCAGAGCAUGACUGGUGGAAUUUCGUGGCCUCUAUGCCAAACCCUCUUGCAGAAUUCUCAGCUUGUGAGUGCAAAGGCAAGAUCUACAUCAUUGGAGGAUACACUUCACGAGAUAGGAAUAUGAACAUUCUGCAGUACUGUCCCAUCUCGGACUCGUGGACCAACUUUGAAGUGUGCGAAGUCCAUGUUCGCAAACAACAGAUGCUCUCUGUUGAGGAAACCAUAUACUUGGUAGGAGGUUGUAUUCAUGACCUGGGACCAAAUCAAAAAUCCAGCCAAAGUGAAGACAUGUUAACGGUGCAGUCUUACAACAUUGCCUCCAGAGAAUGGCUCUGCCUCAAGGAGAACACAUCAAAAUCAGGUCUUAACUUGACUUGUACUCUCCAUAAUGAUGGGAUCUACAUCAUGAGCAGAGACAUUACUUUCUCCACAAGCUUGGAGCACCGGGUUUUUCUUAAGUAUAAUAUAUUUACAGACAGUUGGGAGUCACUUAGACGCUUUCCAGCCUUUGGGCAAAAUAUGUUGAUCUGCUCCAUGUAUUUGCCCAAUGUGAUAGAAGUGUAAUUACAUCAAGAUUGUGUCAGUUUUUCAGGGGGAAGAGUUUGAUUCCUUACCCAUUUGUGGAACAACUAUUGCUCUAAAUCAUUACCAUUUACAAAUGAAACAUGGUUGCAUAGCCUGGGCAUAAAAUACUGGUUGUAUUUAGUGCAAAAGCCAGCACUGAUGGAAAGGCUUCCAAGGUCUUGCAGGAUUUCAGUUUAAAAGAAUUUUAAAAUGUAAAGAGUUUGACAGUGUUUGGCAUCUGAACACAUAGAUUCAUGGUAGAUCUUCUAGUCCAACCCCCUGCCAUGGGCAGGAGAGAAAACUGGGCUCAAAUGACCCCAGCCAGGUAAACGUUGAGCCUCCUCUUGAAGACCCCCAGGGUAGGAGCCAUCAACACUUCCCUUGGAAGUUGGUUCCAGAUCCUAGCCGCCCUGGCUGUGAAGUAGUGCCUCCUGAUGUCUAGUCUAAACCUACUCUCUAGCAACUUAUGGCUGUUAUUCCUUGUUACUCCACGAGGCGCUCGGGGGAACAAGGUCUCUUCCAAAGCCUGCUGGUCCCCCUUAGUAAAUUUAUAGACAGCCACCAGGUCCCCCUCAGCCUUCUCUUGUGAAGGCUGAACUGGUUAAGGUCCCGUAGCCUCUCCUCAUGGGGUCUGCCCUGCUGUCCCCGGGUCAUGCAAGUGGCUCUCCUUUGGACCUUCUCAAUACUGUCCACAUCCCUCCUGAAGUGCAGGCCCUAGAACUGGAUGCAGUACUCCUGCUGCGGCCUGACAAGUGUUGCAUAGAGGGGGAAGAUCAUCUCCUUGGCCCUGCUUGUGAUGCAUCUGUGGGUGCAGGACAAGGUACGGUUAUCCCUACUGACCGUGUUCUCGCAUUGUCGGCCUAUGUUCAUCUUGGAGUCAACAAUGACUCCAAGAUCUUUCUGCCACUGUGCUUUUGAGAAGGGAGUUCUCCAGCCUUUAGGUAUCCUGCUGGUUCCUACUGCCCAGGUGCAGUACCCUGCACUUGUCAGUAUUGGAUCCCAUCCUAUUUUCAUUUGCCCACCCCUGUAACCUGUCCAGGUCCUGCUGUAAUCUGUCCUUCCCUUCUAGCGUGCCCACCUCACCCCAAAUCUUGGUGUCAUAUGUGAAUUUAAACAGGCUGCUCUUCAGUCUGUCGUCCAAGUCGCUAAUAAAGAAAUUGAACAGUGUGGGCCCAAGGACCGAGCCCUGGGGGACCCCACUGCCCACUUCCCUCCAGGUCGAAAAUGACCCAUCCACCACCACUCUGAGUGCGACCCCUCAGCCAAUUUGCAAUCCAUCUGACUGUAGGCAUCAAUACUGCAGUCACCUAGCUUUUUAAUGAGAAUGGGGUGGGAGACGGUGUCAAAGGCCUUCCUGAAGUCCAGAAAGGCUACGUCCACUGCGACACCUGCGUCCAGUGAUUUUGUGACCUAAUCAUAGAAGGCAAUCGAGUUCGUCUGACAGGAUCUGCCCCUAAUGAAACCAUGCUGAUUGCCCUUGAGCAUCAUCCCCGCUGCUGGUCCAUCAUAGAUGUGCUCCUUGAUAAAGAGCUUCCCAGGAUUGAAGUAAGACUAGUGGGCCUAUAGUUGUCUGGGUCCUCCCUCUUUCCUUUUUUAAGAUGGGGACCACAUUGGCCCUCUUCCAGGCAUCCGGCACCUGGCCAGAUCACCACAAGUGCUCGUAAAGCCAUGCCAGGAGUCCGUCUUGAAUCUCGGUAGGGGAGUCCCGGUCCCUGCCCAGGAAAAUAGACUAGAAAACACAAAGGCAUUGCAUUGGUAUGACAGUAUAAGAACCCCAAUGUGAAAGUUCAUUGGUCUAGUUUUAUACCCUCUUUCACUGAAAUUCUUAGGGUAAACAAGCUGCACGUGGUCAAAAUGAAGUUAGGUUUAAGAUUAUUUCUUUUAAUAAUCUGAAAGGCAUCAAAGGUAGGGAAUUCUUUUUAAAUGCAGCUUUUAUUCUGCAAUGCCCUGUGACAUGCACAAAUCAUUUGUCCUCUAGCAUUAUUAUCUCUUGUAUAAUUGUGGGAGAGGGGAUUUUUGAGGUUCCAAAUGACAGCAGGGCACCAAGUGUAAAUUUGAAAAUCUUGUUCAUUGUUUCUAAUGAAACACUUUUGCAGGAGCUGGGAGGAUUUGUGUGAAGAUUUAAGACUGCUGCCUGGAUAUCGUUAACAGUUUACAUUAAAGGAACAUACUUUUUCACUUGGCAUUUAAAAACAAUGUUGCUAGAGGCAACAGUAAAUUCCAAACGGGAGGAGCCUGUUAAUUGGUUGAAGGGUUUUUAAAAAUAUAUGUUUUAUUUUUUUAGUUUUCUUUUCUAAUAUUCAGAUGAUUUAAGGUUACAUUAGAGAUAUUGGAGACCGAAUCUUGGUGGCAGGCUUCCUGGCAGUGAAGCGCACAGAAAUCCUCCUCGGUAAAGCAUUCAUGUUUUCUGUUAAGCCAUCUACUCCUGGGGAGGUCCAGGGCAGUUUGAGUGGAGGAAUGUAAAUGAACAUUCAGAGCAGUUUUGCCUGGAUCUUAGUCCUUUUUUCUCCCACCAGUUGGGGUACUAUGGGUUACUCCAGCCUGUGGCCUAUAAUAAGCCAUUUACUUACUCAGAGAAAAGGGGCAGGCAGGACUGAGACAUUUCAUGUCUGUUAGUGAGGACUGGUGCACAGCAAAUCUCUUCCUUUCUUCCCAAAUCUCCCUAACUGCUGGAGAUAAUCUUUAGUAUGAAGGGCCUCUCAUUCCUCUAUAGAUAAUGAAUCCAUAAGAGUCUGCUUACUGUAUCUCUCUGGGAGAGUCUGACAUACUUUACUGAAAAAGGGUUGAGUAGUCUUGAAUCUGACACCACUGCUUGUAGGGAAGACCCAGCUUACUUCAAGAGCUUUGUAGGCAAGUACAGAACUCAGGCCACAACCUUCUUCCAUGCCACAGGUACUGGUUCCAUAUUCAAGUGUGUAGAAGGGCAUUCUACUUACUUGUAGAAGUGUGUAGAGAAGAUGGAGUUUAAGAUUUUUUCCUUGCAGUGAAUCAAUAUAAGCCUGUUUUUGGUGUGGAGAAUAUUUGCCUGCAAGUCUUAAGCCCCGCCAAAAAUUAAGGGACAAAUUUGUAAGUACUCAUUCUAGUGCCUGUUGCCUACUUGUGUGUACACACAUUGUGAGUACAGUUGUGUCCAGUUGCAUCCAUUUAUGCUGUGGAAAAUAUGCCCUAUUAAGCAGCUGCCUUGAAUAUGAGCAUCAGACUACGUUACAUUGACUGCCACAUAGAAACCAGUUGAUUUUCACAUAAUUUCUAUCAUACUUUUAAAAUGCCUAGUUUCAGGAGUGUUUUAGGAUACAUAUAAACAUUAGGCCAUUAUCGUAUGAUAAAUUUUUGCCUAGUCAUAUGGGUAUUAUUUUGUUACUUGUUUUCUUUCUUUUCAACACUAGAUCCACUAGAUCCAGCUUCAUUUUAAUGGCACCCCAGGUCACAAACAGAGCAAUAUAUGUAGACAUCUCUUCACAGUUGAGUGAUAAAUCUACUUGCUGUCACUUGGUGACAUAUGCACUGAAUUAACCGCAAAGAUCUACCCAUUGCCCAAAGUCAUAAUUCUGAAUGACAUUUUCCAUAUCUGGUGAUCCUUAAUCAUCAGUGACUGCAACCCAAGCUGAGAUUUUUAGAGCUAUGCUCUGCAUGUUUUUGUUUUUUUGGAGUGUGGGUGGGGCAGUACUUUGUUCUUUUCAGUAUAGCUUAUCUUAUAUUAAAGACAGUGUUAAUGUAUGCUGUCUUUAUUAAAUGAAAAAAACUCUCUCCUUAGGACCUAGUUUCAGCUUUCUAUGAUCAAAUUACUGUGUGUGUAGGUCUAGACCAGUGAUGCUCAUAAUUUUGGCUCCAGAGGUCUUGCACCACCCUGGCUUGGCCACCAGGGGCCAGGAUCAGGCCCCGCUUCACUUUGCAUACUAGGGCUGUGUGAAACAGAAGUGUUCCAUUUUGACCAGUGUUUCAUCAGAACAGUGUUUCGUUUCGGCUUUUGUUUUGAGUUGAAACAGCUGUUUUGUUUCAUUCCGUUGAAAUGUUUUGCUGUUUCGGCCCUGUUUCGCCCAUAGAAUAUAAUGGGGGAGGUUGAAACAGGCUACAACUUUGUCAUUUCUAGCCAAAUCUGGAUGAAACCUGCAGGAAUGGUAGCCCCUUCUUGAAACUUGGCACACUUCACGCCCUCAGAAGAUAGGUGCAGGGGAGUUCAGAGAAACUGCACCCCAAAGUCUGAGAAAAAACUCAUGUCACCUGUAUGUGUUAAGCCACAGCGGGGUCAAAACUGCAGGGUUGGUUUCUGAGGUGCAGUUUCUCCGAACCCCAUGCACCUAUCUCCUUGAAACUUGGCAUGCUUUAUGCCCUCAGAAAGGACUACCAUUCCUACAAGUUCCAUCCAAAUCUGGCCAGAAAAUGACAAAGUUAUAGGGUGUUUCAACCUUCCCCAUUAUAGCCUAUGGGCGAAACGUCAAAACAGUGUUGAACCAGCAAAAGGUUUUGACUUGCCUUGUUUUGUUUCAAGGCUGUGUCAGUCAUAUCUGUUUCAUUUUGAUUUUGCUGUUUCGACCUUGAAACAGGUCAAAACAGCGUCAAAACAAAACUGGUGGCAAAAUUUCGCACAGCCCUAUUGCAUACCCAAUCUAAUGUGCAGGGCCACAGCCUGUAGAGCUCCACACACAUCUGUGCGGAGCCCCAGGGGCCAGAUCUGUCCCAUGGACCAGUUGAGCACCCUGGUCUAGAACAGUGGUUCUUAACUUUUUUUAAAAUCAAGGCCCAUCUCCAUAACUUCUAUGCAUAACACUCUGCAGAUGUGGGCAGAGCGAGCCACUUCUUUUUUUUUUUUUAUCUGCAGUAGUGGUGUUGCUGGACUGGGCUUUCAGGCCCCUUCCAUCAGACUGAGCUGCAAUGGAGUACCCGCACCUGUUGCAGCUUCUUCCUAGUACAACCCUGCAUAGCAUCUCCCAGAAACAGGCACAGCAAGGCAGUUUCAGGCAGCAGGAGGACCUGUGCUUAAAAGGAUCUCGCGACACCCUGGUUGAGAAACAGUGGCCUUGAAGGCCAGCUGUACUGGUUUAGAAGGUAAUACUAGUUUGGACAAUGGACACAAAAUUGGGGGACGGUGGCAAUGUUGUCAUCUAGAUCUGGGACAGAAGUGCAAUAAACCAAUUUAGCCUAAAUCAGUUAAGUCUGAUACUACAUCCAUCCCGGUUUAUCUUACUGGUUUUGGCCAUUUUUAAAGCAAUUUAUGUGCACUGAACUUUUGUUGUGUUACAGAUUUGAACCAGUUUCUGAUCACUUACACCAGUUUAAGUGUAAUUUCUGUCAUAGUUUCAUAGUUGGUAGGGUCAGAAGGGACCUGAGUAGAUCUUGAAGUCCGACCCCCUGCCAUGGGCAGGAAAGAAUGCUGGGGUCAAACGACCCUGGCAAGGUGUCUGUCUAGCCUCCUUUUGAAGACCCCCCAGGGUAGGAGCGAGCACCACUUCCCUUGCAAGUUGGUUCCAGCUCCUAGCUGCCUUGACUGUGAAGUAGUGCCUCCAGAUAUCUAGCCUGAAUCUACUCUCAGUCACUUAUGCCAUUAUUCCUAGUUACUCCAGGUAGUGCUCGGGGGAACAGGGACUCUCCCGUUCCCCAUUGGUCCCCCCUGGUAAGUUUAUAGAUGGCCACCGGAUCCCCUCUCAGCCCUCUCUUGUGGAGGCUGAACAGGUUCAAGUCCCAUAGCCUCUCUUCGUAGGGCCUGCCCUGCUUCUCCUGAUCAUGCAAGUGGCCCUCCUUUGGACCCUCUCAAUGCUGUCCACAUCCCUCCUGAAGUGCAGCGCCUAGAACUGGACGCAGUACUCCAGCUGUGGCCUGACGAGUGUCGCAUAGAGGGGGAGGAUCACCCCCUUGGACCUGCUCGUGAUGCAUCUGUGGAUACAUGACAAGGUGCGGUUGGACUUCCUGACCGCGACCCCACAUUGUCGGCCCAUGUUCAUCUUGGAAUCAAUAGUGACUCCAAGAUCCUUUUCUACCUCUGUGCUGAUGAGAAGAGAGUUCCCCAGCCUGUAGGUAUGCUGCUGGUUCUUUCUCCCUAGGUGCAGUACCUUGCACUUGUCAGUAUUGAAUCCCAUCUUAUUCUCAUCUGCCCACCCCUGUAACCUGUCCAGAUCUAGUUGUAGCCUGUCUCUCCCGUCUAGCGUGCCCACCUCUCCCCACAUCUUAGUGUCAUGUGCGAACUUGAACAAGGUGCUUUUCACCCCCUUGUCCAAGUUGCUGAUGAAGAUGUUAAACAGUGUGGGCCCGAGGACCGAUCCCUGGGGGACCCCACUGCCCAUGUCCCUCCAGGUCGAAAAUGACCAGUCCACCACCACUCUCUGGGUGCAGCCCUCUAGCCAAUUUGUGACCCAUCUGACUGUCUAGGCAUCAAUGCUACAGUCACCUAAUUUUUUAUUGAGAAUAGGGUGAGAGACGGUGUUGAAGGCCUUCCUAAAGUCCAGAAAGACUAUGUCCACCAUGACACCUGCAUCCAAGGAUUUUGUGACCUGGUUGUAGAAGGCAACCCUAGCCCUAUAGUUGAAAUCCUGCUACAGGCUAUUGUUAAAUUAAGGGCAAUGCUGUUAUGUAAUAAUGCUAUGUAGGAUGGUAUUGAAAAAGGAUGAAAUAACCAUAGCCCAAGCCAUUUUUUUCAGUAAGACACUCAUAGUGGGUGACCCUCCAUACCUUGGAGGAAAAACAUCUUAAUGAUUGCCUUAUUUCCAUCUUAUUUUCUUAACACAGCUUUAAUAUUGCACCUAAGGCACCAUUUUGCAGAUACUGCCCAUUUAGGUAAAGCAGACUGGCAAAAGGUCUCUUUUAAAACUAAGUAACAAACAUGCUUCUAAAUAAGCCCAUGGAAAUGUUGAAUGAUACAAAACACACAGUUACCUCUCUUGGAGGGUGAACCAGAUUUAAUUAAAGGGACAAUUGAACUUUCACCAAGUGACAGCAAUAUAUACCUAUUAAAAUGAGAGGCCUUGUGGUCCAACUGAUUGAGCACCAGACUGGGAAUUCCUGAAUCUUUAACCUGGUUCUGCUCUUGACUUACCGUGUGGGCUUGGAGAGGCUAUGUGGCCUCUCUGUCUGCUUUCUGAAAUGCAAAAUAUGGAUAGUAAUAGCAGGAGAUUGUGGUGAGAGGGCCUAAUUAAUUUAUUAAUGUUUCUGAAGCACUUUGUAAAUAUAAAAAAAUUUGAUUAGUUAUCAAUGAUACAAUUAUUUAAUUGAUUAUUAAAACUGUCUCAGGAGCUAUUGGAACAGCUAUCUUGGCCAACAUUUAUUGUCUUUAACAGGUUUCCCAGGCUCCUUCGUGUCUCUUAAGUGAUUUAUCCUUUCCUUUGUCCAUUUUUCCUCUGUUUACGGACUAGUUCGUUUCUUCACAUAAUCAUCUUGGCAGCUUGACCCAUUGUUUUUUACCUCUUUGUGCUCCCUGGUCACCAUUCGUGUUCAGGAUUGCUUCUUUCCCCUUGAAUCUGAGUUGUGUAGAUGGUAGCCAUCUGUAUUACAUACCUAGAUACAAAUCUUUCAUGUUCCUUUGUGAGCACUGUCAUUGCCUCAUGGACUAGUUCGGUAAUAGACUAUAAUGACUGAAUGAGUAAAAACUGACAGCUCAACAGAGGAUAAUUCUAAGUAGCUGAAAUUGAUGGAGCAAUGGUGGACAAGUCCUGAAGGAGGGGUAAAUGGAAAACUCUGGGAACUUUUAGCCCCUUUCCAUAUCAUGGAAAUGUUUUUUAAAAGUUCACUGAGGCAUGGCAAAAGGUAAAGAGAGAGCAGAUUGUUUAUCUUUUUCUGGGCACAGGCUAUGGUAAAAUAGAAGAUGGGUCAUAGUAAAUCUUGUGAUUCUCCCUGGUCAGUUUCCAUGGGUAUCCAUUUCUGUCUUACCACUUUAUGUUCUUUGGGCUGAAUGUCUCUUUUCCCAUUUUUGAGUGCUUAAUUGCCUUGUUAGAUCAUUGUCUAGCCUGCUUUGCUUUUUCUCAUUUCCUUACCAUCCCCUUUUUAUCCUGUCUCAUGUUUAGCAAUAGCCAAGAUGAAACAAGGAACAAUUGGGAGAAGGUUGUUAUUUCUGUUACUCUACUUCCAAGGAAAAAAAUGGGUCGUAUAAGAGUGAAUGUUAAUUUUCUUUAAACCUCAAUCUAGUAAGAAAUGGUAUUGGUGGUAUUCAGGUAUUAUGAGGAAACUGGUCUGUGUUGGUGUUGCGAGAAAGAAAGAAAGGCAGAGAUAACAGAACUUGGAACACUGUAAAAAGGAAGAUUAAUCAUCCCUGUCUCCUGAGGGAGGUAGUUUUACCUAAUAAAUGGUGUUAGUCCCAGGGCAGAACUUGAAGAGUUUUUAUUGACAUUAGCAAAGUUCAUGAAUUGCUCUCAAGAAUCCCUUUCUAAAGGUAACAACCUAGUAGAUUUUAUUGAUUUUGCACUUACAGAGAUGACCAAAGGGUGGCUCCCAACACCCACUGUAAAUUUUAACAGCAAGAACAAAAGCCCUAAGGCGGCAAGAGAUAUUAACAUUCUCUACAGACUGAAUGUUUUUUGUCUAUUACAUAGGUACCUGUGCAAUUUUUGCUACCUUUCCAAAAAAGGAGAGAGAAGAUUGAAAAAGAACCUUGGCCUUUGUGAGCCGAGGUGGAUUGUUCUUUUGUGUCUUUAAAAUUUGUAUCCUAACUGCAUAUGAUAUGUGUGUUUUGCUUUUUCUAGUAGACUUAGCACUACCAAUAAGACAGUGUUAAAUAUGCUAUCAGAAUUACAAACUUUUCUUUGUACACUUUAAUUUGCUUAUAGCAGUCAGGAGUACAGACACACUUUCUUGCAUGUGAACUCUGCCUGUGAGAAAAAUUGAAGUCACUGCAACUCCUGCAUUCCUUUCUCUUGUUGCAGACAGACCAGGCACUAUGUUGUUCUGAAAGGGCUAAUUCUGCAAGGUGGUGAGCACCUAUAACUUCCAUAUGCUUCACUGGGAGAAAUGAUGCUUUGUUUUUUAUACAGCAUUGAAGCCCUAAAUACUUCCCAUUUGCCAAUGCUCUUAAACUUCUCCAAGGUGCAGUAGUGUACGGACACGUAAUCUUUCCUAUAUUUUCUAUUUCAGUCCUGUUCUAUGACUUUUUGUUUUAAUCUCUUGUUGACUUCCUGCUGACUGACAUUUUAUGAUAUUUUUUUUAAAUGCUUGUGCCCAGUGAUGAUAGGCAUGUUCUAGAAAGCAGUAUUUUUUUUCAAUAAAUAAAGUGGACUAUUCUCCACCAGUAUUAGAACUUGAAGGGAGCUUGUACACUGAUCAUAGAUCCUUUCUACCCACCUGUGAUUCUGACUGAUCACAGUUAACCACCGACCAUGUAACAACUUUUGAUCACACUGAACAGGUUGGUGAGAUCCUGCUGUGGCACUUCAGCUCCCAUCAUCAUAAUGCUCAAGGGUUGGGCACUUUUCUCCCUUCACUUCCCAAAUCCCUGCUAAUGUCAGGUUUUCAAUGCAGGGUUUAUCCUCCUGGCACCUGCCUGCUUCCUUUCACACAGUAUUUAUUUCAGUUGUCAGCUCUUCCUGCUGAAACAGAUCUGUGUAUGUUGUUCCCCUUGUUCCAGCCCUUUUACCUAAGUGCUAGUCAUAUGAAAAAACAUUAUUGCAGAGAUCUGAUAGGGUCUCAGUGGCUUAAGUUGAAAUGAGCUUACCAUUAUAGUGUGGAUCUUUCCCUUUCCUUUUCAUUCUCUAUCAGCUAUCUCUCCCAGCUUCUACAAAGUUAUAAUUUGCAUGUCAUGUCUUAGCCCCAAAUCACAAUUUAUCUGGGGGCUUCAGUAGAAUUUAGAGAAAUUGAGUUUUAAAAUGUUCUUAUUAAAAAUGACCAACAAUUUUUCUACCUUUUAAAUCUUCACAUUUUUAAAAUGAUGAGGAUGUUGAAUUGCACGUUGGCUUUAUUUGCUUGGUCACAAAGUGUCAUUGAGAGCUGAGUCCUGCCACCUUUACUGAGGUUGAGGUAAUCCUUACUCCAGGUGUAGCUAUACUGAAGUCCAUACAUGUGAUACUACUCUGUGUCAAGGUAACUGUAUCAGUUCCGUAGCAUUUGGAUGGGUGAGGAGCUGUGUGGGGAAGAUGAAGUGUAAAGAGUCACAUUACUUAAUGUGCUUUGGCACUGCAAUCAUUUCAGAAUCUGUGCUGCACAUUUCAACGGCAGAAAGGUAACAGCUGAAAUGUAAAUUAGGGGGAGGAGUUGAAGGGAUCUCACUUUCCAGGCAGCUGUUCCUUUUUAAUAAUGUCUUUUGCUUAAGAAUAUUAAGUUCAUGUUUCAUGAUGUGUGAUACUGUGUUGCAGUUCCAGUAGGCAUGGAGGGAAAUUCUGUCCUGCACAGGUAGGGCUUUGACUGACUGCAUUUACUCUACAGGCCAGAGCUGCGUCACAGAUGAGAGUGUGUAUUUUGUGGUUGUAAAUUCAGUCUAUGAUAACCACUGUGAAGCCCACAGAACCUAGGUUUUGGGAGGUAAGGGGUCAGAAGGGAGUCAGAAAACAGAUGCUAAACCACAGCAAUUCUCCACCCUGUAGGCAUAAACUGCAUUCAAAUGCAGCCACAGAAUCUGGUAUACAAAUCCCUGCAAUUCAUGGAUUGACAUUAGUUUCUUUAAUGUUAUAUGUAUAAGUAUUGCCUUCCAAUGGCAUGUGCAUCUAUGAUGAAUGAGAUAGGAGGAAGAGCUGCAAAAACCCUGUUGUAUCCAUGAUGACAAAAACGCUAAGGUAUGUCGGGAGAUUUUUUGGAUUGGAUUCAUACUUUACAAGUUCUGAUAUUCAUAGGACCUGACCCAGAGCUCUUUGAUAUCAAUGAAAAGGCUACCACUGUCUUCCAUCAGCUAUGAAUAUUGCCCAUACUACAGUAAAUUUAGAAUCUAAAGCAAUGCCUUCAGGGGAGGCACAGACUCUAAAGUCUUUUGUUGCCAUGUUGUUUUUGUAGUUUCUCUGUGUUAAUUUCAAGCAAAAAUGUCCCAGUCUGGCCCACUGCCACAACCAUGGCUUCUCCCCACUGCCUAGCCGCAGUUCAGGAUAACCUCACCACUGCCCAGCUGCUCUGAAGUGUUCACAAAGCCUCCUCACCACCCAGCCAUGCCCUGUGCAAAAGCCCCCAGCUCCAUGGACCAGAUUCAGUGGCUCUGUGAGCUACACUUUGCUGACCGCUGACAUAAAAAAUACUUAACCUUGUUUAUACCAUAACUAGGCAAAUAGGUGGCGGGGAGAGGUUUCAGUUUUGCUCUUGAAUUAAAACAUUGAAAAAGUUUCUGUUCUGCCUGAAUGAAUAGCUAUAAAAUAGCUAUUCAUUAGUUAUUAGCUAUUCAAUAGCUAUUACAUGAAAAGUGGAACAGCUUUAACUCACUGAGAGCUCCCCACUCCAGAAUACUUGUAGCUGGAUGGCCAGGGCAAAUUCCAACUUGUGGGUUCAGAUCUUCUUAGGCAGAGGAGGGAACUAAUUAUGGGUCUCCCAGGCCUUGGAGGGGAAUGGAGGGGGGUAGCAUGGCCACCAAUACCACCUCUAGGUCAUCCUCAGUUUUGUGCACCUAUCCGUGACUUUUUUUUUUUCAAGCCAAAGAUGUUUGGACAAACAAAACAGCAGCCUUGAGCAAGCAAACUAUUUUUGUGUUUUGAGAAAUAAAGUAAAAACCUAGGCAGAAGGGUAGCAAAUUAGCAUUUUAUAGCUUAAGUUUCUUACAUUGUAGUUUUUUAAUAUUUUUUCUGAAUCUCUCCCCUGUCUGAAUCUAAACCAUUCAAAUUAAUAAAUUCUUGAUAAUG